AUGGCAGCGACGCAGCAGCAGCAGCCAUCGACGCCGCAGAGAGGCAGGCGCGCCGCCACUCCCUCGACGCCUGCCACGCCUGCCACGCCCGCAUCCCCGGCAUCGCCCUUUGUCAGUGUGGCCGAAGACGACCUCGAGCAGCCCACCGCCAACGCCACCGCCAGCGCCAGCGCCAAUGCCGGCCCAUCGACCCCAAGUCGUGGCCCCUCGGCCGCACCCGCCGGCGGCGACGACUCCGAGGGCGAAGACGAGAUGCCCGACUACCUCCGUCUCGCCGCUCUGACGUCCAAGGCGGCCGGAUCCAAGGCCAAAUCCGGCACCGCCGCCGCUGCCGCCCCGGUGGCCAUCCCCAAGCGAGGCGAAAAGGACUUUGAGCCCACCGGCUUCGGAGGCCAGUCGAAGCUGCUCGAACGCAGCCGCGAGGCCAUGAUCAACGCCAUCUCGGGCGAGCGCAGGUCCAUGAACAAGGGCCUCACCACCGCAUCCUGGGACCCACUCCUCUGCCGCGCCGUCGUACACGAGCUCCAGGGAAAGAUGUUUGAGACCACGGGUCAGAUGGCGCGCAGGCAGGUGCUCGUCGACGACGACUGCGACGACGGCGAUCGCCGCCAAGGCCAACGCGAUAUUGCACGCCCGGCUGGCGAUCAGGCGCCGACGCAGGGCAAAGCGCCCAGGUACAAGACCGUCAGCCGCAACGAGCUGCUCCCCGAAGAGGCCCUCUUUCUCCUCGAACGCGGCAGCCUCGUCCUGUUUGCACGGCCGCCGCCGCCGACGUUCGACGGCGAGGGUGCCGACGCCGCCGCCACCGCCGCCGACGACGCGCGGGAAGCCUGGAGGCGCGAGCAGGUCGAGCCCAUGAGCCUGCAGCAGGCGUUUGCUACGCUCCGCGCCGCCGACGUCGACCGCAUCCGCUCCGAGAAGCCACCGCCGUCGAGCGCCGACCGCAGGCGCAAAAAGGCGGCCGCCUUCCCCGCAGCGGCGGCUGCGACUGACUCCAACACCAGUGACUCGACUCGGAUCGAGGAAAAGGGGAUACUGGCCGACCCGAAGCGGCCGCUGAAGCUCGUCAACGACCUCGACCUGCUGCUCUACGUCCCGCGGCGCAUCUGGCAGCUGCUGGGCGAUGCGGCGCACUGGGUUGCGCAGUGGAUGCGCAGCGUGUCGGCGCGGAUGGCCGCGAUUGCAUCCCGCGUCGUCUCUGGCAGGCGCUCGUCGUCGUCGUCGUCGUCGGCGGCAUCGUCAGCAUCUGCAGCGUCAUCGUCGUCGCUGCUGGGACUCGGCACUGGCGGCGGCGGCGGGCGGCAUCGGGGGCUGUUGGGCUCGCCCAAGUGGGACUCGUACAACGGCGUCUACGAGACGCUGCAGAUUGUGCCGUCCGGCCACGACCGUCCCUUUCCGACGCGACCUACCCCUUUGCCCCGACGAGCUGGAUCUGCCGCCGACGAUGAGGUCGACCUGCGGCCAUUCUACUAUGCUUGGCGGCCGGCGACGGCGUACCGCAAGACGCACCCGCCGCCGCCCGAGUUCCGCAUCGCCAUCAUCGAUGCCAAGCGGCAGCCGGUGCCGUCGGCGUGGGAGUUUGAGACCAUGUUUGGCGCCGUGCCUCUGCCCGGCAGCCUCGAGGAGCUCGGGCUCGAGGCUAGCAGCGGCGGCGGCAAGAACCACAACGACGGCGAUGGCAACGACAAGGACGACAAGGACGACGGCGAGGAAGAGGAGGAGAGGCGGCGACGGAUCGAGUACGAGUUGGAGCUCAAGCGGCGCACCGAGGAGGCCAACAAGCGGGCGUACGGCAAGAGCAGCGCGGGGCGGCUCAAGUUCCUCGAGGACAAGAAGAAGCAGCGGAGCGACUUCAAGGUGCAGCGGCGGCUGCAGCGGGCGGGGCGGCUGGAGCGGUGGCUGGGCGUCGAGACGGUCGAUGGCAUCUCGGCGCGCCUGGCUCCGCUAGCGCGCGCCGGACGCGCCUGGUCCAGCCUGUUCCGCGCGUGUCCCGGUGUCCUUCCCGCACCCGCUUACGUCGCUGCCCGACCCUCGUCGUCGUCGUCGUCGUCGUGGGCAGCGACAGAGGGCGGCGACCGCGCCGGGGCUGGUGGCAAGGAGUUUACACCGCCGUCGAACCCGUUCCCCACCCUCAAGGCUGGACGCAAGACCAUCGUACUCGCCGUGGUGCAGGAUGGCAUCACGAUGCUGCUCCGCUUUGGCGAGGCCGAGUUUGAGCGCUACCGACUCGCGGGCCGCGAUCGACCGGGCGAGGUCAAGUGA